AUGGCAACAACUGUCCAGAAAAACGGCAAAAAGGAGAAACGAUGUCAUAGUAAUUAUGUUGGACAACAGAAGAAAGCAGUCAGACAUGGUUAUGGUGUCUACACAUAUACUAAUCCAUUCUUCCAAUAUGAAGGGGAGUGGAUUGAUGGAAAGAAACAUGGUUUAGGAAAAUUUUUAAUGAAUGAUGGUAGUUAUUACAAUGGUGAAUUCAAGAAUGGGGAAAUUGAAGGAAAUGGGGUUCGAUACUUUGGACUAAGUGGAAACAAGUACACUGGUAGUUUCUAUAAAGGAGAACUUCAAGGACGAGGAAUCAUGGAAUACAAAAAUGGCUCAGUAUAUGAAGGUAGUUGGGAGAAUAACAAAAGACAAGGUCAUGGUAUUUUAAAAGAAAAGGAUGGUUCUAGCUAUGAUGGCAGUUUUCAUCAACAUAAAAAACAUGGAAGUGGAACUCAAAAUUACAAGAAUGGUGAUAUCUACACAGGUGAUUGGAUACAAGGACAAAGACAAGGUCAUGGAUGUCUUCAAGCUGCGGAUGGAACUUAUUAUAAGGGCCAGUGGGCAAAUGAUGUGAUGAGCGGCCUGGGCUAUAUAAAGCAUUCCUCCGGAAUUAUCUAUGAUGGCCACUGGAUAAAUGGACUACCUCAAUUAUUAGCAACUAAACUGGUUUUUGUUUCCAACCAAACAGUUAAUUUUAUUGACAAAGAAAAACCAUUCAACAUUGAGAUACAAUGCCACAAUGAUGACAAAGAACUAAUUCCUGACCAAGGACGAAUGAUUCAACUUAUUGCUGGGAUACAGCAUCAAGCUACUCAAAAUACAUCAUCUGAACAAUCUGGUAAUGCAGAAAGCUUGGAAAAUACCCUAAUUUCAACUCCUUAUGGUUAUAGCAUUUUACCAUGUCCACUAAACAUAAUGAAAUUUGAACCAAAGUCUACAAAUGAAAACACUGAGAAUGACCCUGAAAACUACAAACCAGCAGCACCAGAAACACUGAAGCCUUUACUUGAAGCAGUGACAAUUCAAAAAACAACUAAUGGGAAAGUUGUUUGGGAGAAUUUGUUGUCUCCUACUUCAUGUGUAGAAAAGAAAUAUUACAUGCCUCAAGAAAACAAAAAGAAGACAUUAAGUAAACAUUCGAUCUCUGGAAGUGGAUUGCAGAAAUCCAAGAAAGACAAUUUAAUCCCAGAAAUUGAAGAAAAAUGGACUGAAGAAAUAAAUACCGAUAAGCCAUUUAAUAAUACACCCACUUCAGGUGUAGAAAAGAAAACUGACAUAUCAAAUGAUUUUGUGCUGCUUGCAAAAGAUGUAACAAAUCCUCCAUUUAUGAAUCAAAGACUUGAAACAGCUUUUUUGAAGAUAAAAUUUUAUCAGCAAAAAACAAAAGUUACAAGAAAAUGA